GUGCGCGAACAGCCUCAGCUGGAAAUUCACAUCUAAUUAUAAAUUUUAUAUAUAAAAAAAUGUAUUGCAGGUAAAAUACCGCAGUGCGAUGCACACGGGCACGUGGCGACUAUAGUUUUAGGGCUACAAACUGGCCCGCUUAAUUUAAUUAGUCGAUUUGCUUACUCGGAACUCUUGUGUAUGAAACUGUGUCUGUUUCUAAGCUAAUUUUAGGAUUUAGAUCGAGCUGAAGGUAUUAAAUUAAGUAUUAAUAUUAGUAUUUUGAGAUUAGUGACUUUAUAGAUAAGUUAUGGCAGUGCAAAAUAAAGUUUUAUACGCGUUUCGAGGAUGGAUAGCAUUCGUUGCUUUUAUGGACUUGGGAACCGCCGGCCGGUCGUACAUCGAACGGCGGUCGUUCCUCAGUCACCACGGCGACACUGAACACUUGGAUGGAGAUUUCACAAUCUCCCGGAUGCUGGGCAUGUAUUCGGUGCUGAAGGCUCUGGCGCUCAUCCAUUGUACACUUUACAUACAUUACAGGCCUGUGGUAUCCAUGGGCUACUGGUCACUCAUGCUGACCAUCGUGCUGUACUUCACUGAAGCCUUCUGCUACCACUCAACCAACCUCAACUUCUACGUCGUGUUCCCGUGCAUACUCAACAUCAUAACCCUCCUCGGUCUCAUAUACCUGCCCACGAAGCUGAAGCUCUGGGGCCAGAUACCGGGCACCUCCGGCAUGGAGAGAGAGAUAGAUGAUGAAAACACUCAAAUCCUCCGGCAGAUGGGCAACUUCAAGCGGCGGAGACCGCAGGCCAAGAACAAGUAUGUCUGAUCGCGGGGACUGUAAUAAGUUGUAUUAACUAAAGAGUGAUAAGAUAAAUAGGCGAGGUGUUAUGGUGAAGAAAAAGUCGUGCCUCGAAUUUGCAGCUGAAGUAGAUGUCGCUGUACGGCUCUGUAUAUUUUGCGGUAGCUCGUGAAACUUUGACGUUUGAACCCAGUGACAAUUUACCGCAAAACAUGGCGCCGCAUAGCGCCAUCUAGUUUGGUUCUCAAACUUAGGGGCACGAUUAUUUCUAAUUGAUAACGUUGAUAACUCUAAGCUGUGUUUAUAUAUCCCAGAUACUAAAUUGGCAGUGUGAUGAAAUAUAAUAGAAGAAACUUUCUUAACGAAACGCUCCAACUAAACUUAAGUAAAACAUGACGAAAUAUACAGAACCAACUUAUUAUUAGGUGUCGCUGAAAACUGACUCAGCUUAAUGUCAAGGCCAAUUUACUACCCGAUCCUGCUUAAGUACUAAUUUGGUUUGUAAACUUGGAAUAAAUUUAAAAGUGGAAAAAUUACUUUCUUGGGUGAUACUGGAACUCACGGCCUCUGGAUCGAUACUCCAGCGCUCUGCCAUCUGAGCCACCAAGACCUCAUCCAUAGCCAGCAAAUUU